AUGAACAGAGAACUAGAAGAGGCGUGCAAAGUAGCAGAAUUACAAAAAAGAAGGAAUCAAGAUCGUCGUAACAAAGUGAAAAGAAAUCAACGACAACUCCCUGAUAUUCUACUACAAGAAUAUCAACUGCCUGCUCUCUUUUCUGGACCAGAACUAACUAAUGAUUUGGAGAGCCUAACAUCCUCAUCAAUCGAUAUUCAUUCUCCUAAUGAGCAAGACGAUUUUGAACUACUCUUCACAGAAGAAGUACAAUUUCGAAACUACAGUGAAUCACAUCACUGCAAUUUUAAUGAGGAUGAUGAUGAUCAGAAUCAAUCGGAAAUAAGCAUUGAAGAUCUUAUCUACGAAAAUCGUGAUCAAAAACAAGAAAUUGACGACGACGAUGCUCUGCCUGUCGCUCCUCGUGCUCUUCAUCAUUACACACAAAUUUUAACUUCAGAUUUUUGUGAAAAUCUAUUAGAAUUCACACGUAAUGCUAAUGUAAACAAAACACAAUCAUCUAAACUUCUUUCAUUAAUUCGCUCAGUUCUUCCCAUACCCAAUAAUUUACCCAUAUCGAUGUCUUCUCUCUUGUCUAUGCUAAAUUUCGAAGAAUUAUUUUUGAAACGAUAUGUUUGCGUUCUAUGUAAUUCUGCGUUCUCAUCUAAUGAAAAGAAUUGUUUAAAACGUAAUUCUAAUGAUCCCAAAACCAUUGCUUAUGUUUAUGAUACAAAUCCUAAACAUGUAUUAACUAAAAUGUUGAAAAGACUUUCUCCAGACAUUGAAUUAUAUAAACACCAAUUGGAAAAUCAACAAAUUGUGGAUGAGAGAAAUGAUAUUAUGUAUAAUAAAAACUAUCAGAAGUUGCUCAAAGACAAUGAGCAAUCAAAUCUAAUCAGUAUUAUCCUUCAUCUCGAUGGCAUUGGUCUUACCCACAGUACACAAUUAAGACUCUGGCUAUUUAGUGGUUCAGUCGUCGAAUUACCACCACAUGUUAGAUACAGAAGAUAUAAUAUGAUGCUCUGCAGUAUCUGGAUCGGUUAUGUUGAACCCCGUCCAGAGCUAUGGUUACAACACAUUAUUUUAAAUUUACAUUCAUUGAAAGAGUCAGGUAAAUAAGACUUUUCGUUGUCUAUGAGAGUGACUACCGCAGCUGU